UUCCUCUGCGCUCUUCACUACAGCAGGGUGGAACCGCACUUCGGGGAGAAUGUAGUAUUUUAUAAGAGCUGAUUGCUUCAUUUAAAUAAUCAGUAUUUAAAAAGUUUUAGCUUUAUUAGUUAGAGGUUAUUAGUCUCAGUGCUGCCAAACGCCAAGUCAAAUGCCUGUCUGACUUAAAGUUGUUUUUUUGUAUAUUUUUUCUAAUUGAGUGAAGAAUGUAUAAGUUUAUACAUUUUGCUGUAAUGAAACAGUAAAAGCGGUCCAGAGCUCGUACUUGUUGUGGGAGUGAAUCUGGGAGUCAUGCAGCGUGAGCAUUUAUUUAAAGUUCUUGUGAUUGGGGAUCUCGGAGUUGGAAAAACGUCUAUAAUUAAGCGAUAUGUUCAUCAGAUCUUCUCUCAGCACUACCGAGCCACCAUCGGAGUCGAUUUUGCGCUCAAAGUAUUGAACUGGGACAAUCACACAGUCAUCCGCUUACAGAUGUGGGACAUUGCAGGUCAGGAGCGCUACGGCAACAUGACACGUGUGUACUACCGCGAGGCUGUAGGAGCUCUUAUAGUAUUUGACGUGACCAGAGCAACGACGUUCGACGCGGUACCAAAGUGGAAAGAUGAUCUGGACACAAAGGUUACUCUCAACAACGGCAAACCCGUCCCGGUUGUUCUGCUGGCCAACAAGUCUGACCAGUCACGGGACGGCUUGUCCACGCAGAUUCCCAAACUCGAGACGUUUUGCAAAGAAAACGGAUUUGUAGGCUGCUUUGAAACGUCAGCCAAGGAAAACACCAACGUUGAAGCAGCAAUCAAGUGCCUGGUGGAAAACAUACUGGCCCACGAGGAGAACACUCCCAGCAACUCGGACCCAGACACGGUGACCCUGUCUGGCAACAACAACACCAAAGAUCGUGGCAAAGCCAGAUGCUCUGCGUGUCCAAAAUAGCAAGACUGAUGGCGAGGAAAAGCAGGAAGGAGAAAGAGAAAGAAAGAAAGAGAGAGAGAGAGAGAGAGAGAGAGAGAGAGAGAGAGAGAGAGCAUGAGAAAAGGGCAUAGAGUUACUGGCUUUACCCUUAAAAAAGCAAUUAAGAUAAGGCACUGCAGUAAAGCAUCAGAAACAAAAAAACACACUGCUGGUUUAUAUUCCUAUAGCAUUUCAUCUACAGUACCGACCCAAUAACUGCUGGAGUGUGUGCACAGCAGGCCCAAAGACCAAAAGAGCACUGUGAAGAGCAAUGACAGAGCUUAUUUUCUUUCCAUAUUUGAGAUCCGCAUAAGGAUUGUACAAGCUAGUGGAGCAAUACAUCAAUGAUUAACCCAUGAAUGCAUUAACAGUUCACCUCAUUUGGUAAUGCAAAAUAUAAUAGAGACAAUUGAGCAGGUCAGGUCCAGAGGAUUUACAGUACUUGUGGACCGAACAGUGGUAUUUGACGGUGCUGGAAAUUGAAAACCAGGAGCUUAGUAAAACAAUGAAGUUACUAAAGUUACUACUACGUUACUAUUUCAACUACUAUGAAAAAAUAUGAUAAGACAGUAUGAAAGAGUCAGACAUGCAUAGAACAAGAGUUUGGAAAAAUUCUAUGCAACUCUAUAGAAGUGUUUACUGUUUACUACCAAUUAAUUGUAGGGCUUUAUGCAAAGACAUAUUGAGGUUAAGGCAAAUUAAACAUGAUGGUGGAAGGAAACCAUAUUACCCAGACGAUACUCACAUGGACAUGAAGAGUCAGCAUAGACAGUAACUCCAAGCUCAGGAUCAGACCAGUAAUAAUAAUAAUAUUCUGAAUAAUUAUUUGUGCCUUUUACAAUCUUAGGUGUGCCUAAACUAUCAAUAAUGGGACAGUAGUUACAGAAGGUACCAUGAAAAUCCACACUGCCACAGCAUCAUGAAAACACCAAAAUCUAAAGCACAAUCAUGUGGAGACAAAUCGGAAUGUAGUGAACAAAGCAAUAACACUUGCAAAUGCUUGAUUUUUGUACCAAACCCCAAAUGUGGGUUUAUAUGUAUGAAAAAAUGAAGGCUGUGAGAGGUUUUAAAUGGUGCUAGGGUGGAUAGAAGUGCAAGCGGGCCUGAUGUUUUUUAUGAUUUGUAUGCAAAAAAAAAAAAAAAGGUUUUAAAUGCAAAAUGUUUUAAAGGUUUGUAGAUACAAACCAGGACACAGUGUUAUUUGGUUUGUAGGAUUACGAAUCUAUGGUGCGAAACAGCUCGCACUAGAACUACGGUAUGCAAUAAAACAAAGCAGAAUGGGGCAGUGAGCAUGCAGCCCCACUAUUACACAAAAUCAAUGAGUUUUUAUGUUUGAUAAAUAAUAAUUAGCUAUAUUGUUUCUUGUGUGUGUCCUUUUCUUUAUUCUUUGCUGAUAUGCUGUAUUUAUUGCAUUUAUUUAUUGUGCCACACGAAUUGACAUGGAACCGAAUUGAAGAGUUUAGGAUGGAAGAUGCAUGUAGCUGGAAUUGAGCUGAAUAAAGGAAUCUGAAACCCAA